AUGUCAAAAAAACAAUCAAAACAAAUUAUACCAGAAAAAAAAGAUCAAUCUAAACGUUCAUCAUCAACUCGAUCUCGUCUUGUUUUCGAAGAACCACAUAUAUUUCGUGUUAAAAGUGAACGUUCUCUUCCACAGUUACAAGAAACACGUGAAUUUCUUCCAUGUGUUGCUUGUUUAAAAGAAGCUAAUCGACGACAAGAAACAUUCAAUCGACCACAUUCAUCCUAUACACAUCAACAAUUAACUCGACCACGAUCAUCUGAACCACGACCAUCAACAGGAAUAGAAAAGAAACAUUGUCCUGCACCACCAACACCUGCUAAUUUAGAACGAUUAAGUCGACCAAAAACAUUUUCACCAGAACAAAUAUCAAAUAAUUAUAAUUGGAAUAAUUUUAUUCAGAAAAAAAGUAAAUAUGCUAUUAAAACACCUUAUGCUCAAUGUAAUGUAACAUAUAAUCAAGAGAAUUCAGAAAUUCGUCCACCAUUUGUUAA